UGUUUGAUCCUGUCUUCUCUGAGCCUCCCCUUCUUCCACAGUCCCCAAUCCAUGUGCUGAUAGAACAGAGUCUUGGGGGCAAGCUGCACAUGCUCAGUUUAGUGUGUUUUUUUUUUUCCAUGAGAGUGCAUGUGAUCAGCACAGGGCCAAUCAGCACUGUCCAGAUAGAGAGUCAGGGGUUAUGCAGCCUCAUAGGACAAUCAGAGGAGAAUAAAAACUCCUCCUACAUGCUUUAACCACUGCUCUGCUGGACACUGAUAGAAGUCAAAGACUGCUCUAACUGUUGAUGAGGAAAGGUAUUCAGCAGUUUAUAUUUACUAA